AUGGGGUGCUGCCUGUCCAAGCCGGACGUGCUCGGCGCGUCUCAACGCGGAGCCGCUUCCGGCAAAGCGCAGAAGGGCAGUGUAGUGGAUGGCGAGGCGCAAGCGGACAAGGCGGAGGCGGGGAAAACGGUGAAAGCAAUCGGUAAGCUGCGCGCUCGGUGGUUGUCGGGUUGGGAGGGGACCGUGGGAGGAGGCAGAAGGGGGAGGGGCGUGGCGGGGGAUUACGGCCUGACGGACGCAGCAGCAGGGGCGGUGGCGGGAGGCGAGGAGGGAAUGGCCGACGCGGAGGAGUUCGCGGACGCGCAGUCCGCGGCUGACGUGGACGACGACUUCAAGAGCGCCGGAGCAGGUGCGUCCACCUCCCAUGCCGCCAUGCCUGCUGCAUACCGUCCUGCUGCCGACCUGCCUGCCGGCCCGCCUCUCGGCCUCUACCAGAUCGAAUCGCUGCAGCCCUCCACGCCCUCCGCGCGCAAGAACCUCGACUUCCCUUCCCCUUCCGCGCAACCUAGCGGCGGGGAGAAGGCGGGGGAAGAGGGGAUAGCAGGGGAGGGCGGAAAGGGCGUAGUGGUUGCGGUUUGGGAGGGGGAAGGCGGGAAGAAAGCGGUUAAGGAGGUCCUGGGGGGCGCGGGGAAGGAGGAGAAGGCGCAAGCGGGUGCAGAAAAGGCGGAGGAAACAGGGAUCGUGGAGGCGGGCGGCGAGGAAAAAGCGACGGGCGCGGCAGCAUCGAUGGGGUGUUUAAGCGCGGUGGUGCCGGCGGACGGCGUGACGAUGAAUUGCCUGAGCGGCGGGGACAGGCGCGACGGGCGCGCGGACGAGGGGCGCUCCAUGUGGGCGGGGAUGGCGCUCUGGGGAAAGAAGGAGGGGGGCGCGGGGAAGGGGGAGGACGGUGCGGCGAAGGAGAGCGCGGCGGAGAAGGAUGGGGAGGAGGUGGGCGCGAAAGCGGAAGGGGAACUAGCAGGGGCGGGCGCGGGAGGAGGGGAGGCGACGUGCUUCCCAAAGCUGAGGCGAAAAAGCGGGAAGGCGGGCGGCAGCAGCGGACACGUGGCGGAUGAGGAGAAGAUGGCGGGUGCUGGGGGGGACGCUAGUGGCGAGGGGCAAGCGGAGGCGGUGGGCUCGGAGGAGGCGGGGCAGGCAGUGCGGCGGAGGGUGUUCGGGGAGGACAUCCCCGUGCACCCCAAUGUGGCGCUCAACGCCUUCAUGCAGGCCCAGCGGAGCGAGGCGCCAGCAGGCAUGGCGACGGGCAAGGCCGCGGAGGCGCACGGGAGGGCGGAAGCAGUGGAGGAGCAGGGGGCAGAGGCAGCGCAGGAGGGGGGGGGCGCGGAGGAGCGUGCGGAGCAGCAAGGGGAGGUGGAGAGGCGGGAGCAGCAGGGUGCAGAGGGUGAUGCGGUGGGGGGCUGUGAGGCAGCAGCGGAGGAGGAUGAGGAGGAGGAGUUUCUGAGCGUGGGCAGCGGUGAAGACGCACAUUCCCAAGGGUCAGCACCAUCGCCCACCGCCUCUCCAUCGCAACCGCCCGCGCCCUCCUCGCCACCGUCCAUUUCCCCUCCUGCGCCCGCCACCCCCCUGGCUGCCAAGUUACCCCACGAGCUGCCACCAGGGCGAGGCGAUGGCUCAUCCACGCCCCCUGCUGCGCCCGACACGCCCCCCCUCGCCACCCCCCCACCAGCAGCGUCGCAGCUCACCCCCACCCUCGCCCCCUUGGCCUCCGCGCCCCCCUCCGCCUCCUCUGCCUGCGCCCUGCCUGCCGUGCUGCCCCCUGCUGCCGUGCUGGCUGAGAGUGCAGCGAGCGAGGGGCCGGUGGCGGCGAUGGUGGGUGACGCGCAUGGCAGCGCUGCCUUGCCUGCUGCCGCUCACCAUGCUGCCCACAACUCACCGCCUCACAGCAGUGCCCUUCCACCCGCUGCUGCUGCUCUUGCUGCUUCCGCUGCAGCCACUGCCAUGACCGCCACACUGGAACCACUUCUACCUGCAACUAGUGUUCUCACUGAACCUGCUGCUCUCACCGAACCUGCUGCUCCCACCGAACCUGCUGCUCCCACCGAACCUGCUGCUUCCACUGAAACCGACGCUCCUGCCGAACCUGCUGCUCCUGCCGAACCUGCUGCUCCCACCGAACCCGAUGCUCCCACCGAACCUGCUGCCCCUGCCGAACCUGCUGCUCCCACGGAACCUGUUGCUCUCACCGAACCCGAUGCUCCCACCGAACCUGCUGCCCCUGCCGAACCUGCUGCUCCCACUGAACCUGCUUCUCCCACCGAAGCCGACGCUCCCAACGAACCCGAUACUCCCACUGAACCUGUUGCCCCUGCCGAACCUGCUGCUCUCACCGAACCUGAUGCUCCCACCGAACCUGCUGCUAAGUCCGAACCUGUUGUUCCAGCCGAUGCUGGUCCCCCCGAACUACCCACCCUCCCUUCGUCCACCAGUGCACACACUGCCCCAUCCGCCUCCUCCUCCUCGCUCCCAUCCCUCAUCCCCAUCAAAAUCCGUCCAUUCUCCCUCUCCACCUCCACCUCGUCGUCUGCUGCUGCACCCGCUCCGCCCUCGCCCUCCCCCUCGCCCCGCCCCCCCAGCGCCCCCUCCGCGCACCGCCUCGUGUCCUUCCUGCGCCGCCCCUCUUCCCCCGGCCGCCACGCCCCCUCGCGCCGCUCCUCCGACGCCUCCGCCUCCACCGCCGCCGCUGCUGCUGCCACCGCCGUGUUCCACGCGGAGGGAGGGGGGGCGGAGAGGAAGGGCGCAGGCAAGGGCAGCAGCGGAUCUGCCACCGUGCCGCACGCGGUGCCCAUGUCUCCGCUGCGCCCGCCCCCCCUGCGCACGGGCAGUGGUGGGCUGCAGCGCUGCAACUCGCUGCAGCUCUCCGCCAUGUCGCCCCUGGGCGCCAACAGCCCCGGCCUCUUCCUCUCCGCCAGUGUGCGCAGCACGUCCCGCAAGCCCCUGGCGGGGCAGCUGCCGCGCCUCUCGCCCUCUGAGUACGCCGCCCACCUGGAGGCGGAAGCCACUGCAGCGGCUGCCAGCACUGCGCGCCCUGGCAGCAGUGAGGUGGGGUCGUGGCAGGGCGAGGGCGGGGUGUCGUUUGCGCAGGGGGGCCAGGCGGACAGCCACAGCUGCACGCACUUCUGGACGCCCCUGGCGCCCUCGUGCUUCCACGUGCGCGGCCCCGACUACUUCUCCACGUCGUGUGAGCGCCCAGCGCACCCAGUGGCGCCAUAUGUGGUGACGGCAGUGGACGUGUUCCGCGCGCCCACCAAGCUCACUCACGUCGCGCGCCUCGUGCAGCUGCCCGGCCCCCUCGCCUCCUUCCCCCACGCCCAUGCCUCCUCCGCCGCCCCCUCCCCCGCUGCCUUCGCCCUCCCGCCACACGCUUCUGACGCCAGUAACGUUUUCGCACCCAGCGCCGCUGAUGCAGCGGAGGGCAGCAGUGCAGUGGGCAGUGCGCUGAGUGCACGCGAGGUGGCGGCGCUGGUGUCGGCAUGGCCGCCGUACCUCGUCAUCAACAUCCAGGCGCCCAUGCAGCUGGCGAGGCAGCCCCACGCGCACGAGGCGGUGGAGGCGCCCCCAGCGGUGCCGCAAGGGGGGCGCGCAGAGGGCGUGAGCGUGGUGCUCUAUGCGCAGAUCUGCACCGAGUUCUUCCUCUCUGCUCCGCCCAACAUGCUGCCGCUGCUGCAGGGCAUGGCGCGCGGCUUCAUGGCGGAGGGUGCGGGUGGGUCGGUGCCGUUCCGCGAGCGCGUGAAGCUCACCCUCGUCAAGCGCGCCCAGCCACACACGGGCCAUGGCCAAGGGGUGGGCGAGCGGGUGGGGGAGAGCGCGGGGGAGGGGGGGGGAGAGAGUGCGGGGGAGGGUGAUGGGGGAAAGGCACGGGAGGUGGUAGCAGAGGAGAGUGGCGUGGAGGAAGGGGAGGCGAGAGGCAAGGAGGCAGCGGUGAAGGGGGAGGAGGGGGCGGCAGAGGGCGGCAGUGAUGGGAGCAGUGGCGCGGGGGAUGAGAGUGCGUCUCUGCUCGUGCAUCCCUGCCAGAUGUUCUUCCGGGUAACUCUCUCUGCCCCACCCGCCCCGCUGCUCACCUUGCGAGUCACCAGUGGUGCAUGUGUGACCCUGGGUCCCGACUACCUGGAGGUGGACGUGGACUUGCACCGCGUGCCGGACCACAGCCGCCGCCCGCUGCUGGGCGUGCUGGCGGCGCUGCCCACCCACCAUGUGGACAUCGCCCUCGUCUCCCAGGGCAACAACGAGUGGGAGGUACCGGAGCCCGUGGUGGCGUGUGCCAGGCUGGGCCACAUCGAUGCUGACCUCCUCACCACCCUGCGCCACAUGCCCUGA